UAUUAUUUUAACUAUAUAUUAAUUUGUGCAAUAUGACUUUAUCAUUUUUCUUUUUUUGACAGAUUGAAAGUUGUUAGAAUUUUUCAAGAUAUGAAAUUGAUAUUUAAUAAGAACUUUCUAUUAAAUAAUUUGGGACUUAUAUUUUAUACCUUUGUAUUAGGUGCCUAUUCAUUUUGGGGACCUAAAGCAGGAUAUGUACUUUAUGAAAUGAAUAAUGCAGACAAUAUUUUUGGAGGAAUGACUCUCCUAUGCGGAGUAGUGGGAACAUUAUUUGGAGGUUGGAUUUUGAGUUAUACAGGAAAUUCGAUUAAUUAUGCUUUCAAGAUUCAAUCUUUCUCAACCUACUUAGGCACAUUUUUAUGUUUGGGUGCCUUUUUCACCACCAAUAGAAUCCUAUUUAUUGGAUUAUUUGGUAUGGGUGAGGUUGCAUUGUUUGUUGUUCAGGGAGCUACAUAUUAUACAAGUCUUCAUUGUGUGCCACCACAUACAAAGUCCACAGCAAUGUUUGUUUCACAACUAAUCAUACACACAUUGGGAGAUGUUAUAUCUUUCCCCCUUGUUGGUCACAUUCUGGAUUGGACACAUAAUUGGAGAACAACUUGUAUCAUAUUAACUUCUGUUCUCUUUGUAGCAGCUAUAUGUUGGACUAUUGGUAUUUUUGUGAGUAAAGAGAACAUAACUGAGGAAAGCAUGGAAAGUACAAGUGAAGGACAAAUAACAUCAUCUUCAUCCUCAGUUUCUUUAGUUAAUUUAUGAGUUAUUAUUAUUAUUAUUAAGUUUUUUUUACAAAUAUUUUUAGCGUACUGUAUUAUUAGUUUCAAUUUUUCGUUUGACUAUUUGUUUUUUCAUAAAAUAACUAUUUUUUUUAAAGAAAACUUCAAUAAAUAAUUAAUGAUUCAUGUCUCAAAAUAGUUUCUUACACAAUAUAUGUUUCUUACAUAGUAUACAAAAAUACAAAAAAAAAUAUUUACCAAACAAGUUUCUCUUUUAUCCUAAAUGUACACACAAGUUUUUCUUUAUAGUAAAAAUAAAGACCAAGUGAAAUGAUACAAUUAAUAGAGA